UCCUUCCCAUGGUGUUUUCUGCUCUUUGUGUUGUUGAGGCGCUGUGGAGGCAGAGCAGGCCUUGAUGAAGAAAGUCUUCACUGACUACAACCUGAAGGUCCGGCCGGCUCGCACCCCCGAAGAGAGGGUGGUGGUCCGCGUGGGGAUGAUCCUCUCCUCCUUCGUUGGGCUGAAUAUGAAGAAUGAGGAAAUGAGCACCAUUGUUGUCAUGAACCUGGAAUGGACGGAUUAUCGGCUCACCUGGAAACCCAAGCAGCACGAUGGGAUUGAGGUGCUGCGCGUCCCGUCUGGGAAGGUGUGGCUUCCUGACAUCGUUCUCAUCAAUAAUAACGACGGCGUGUUCGACGUUGCCCUUCAGGUCCACGUUCAGGUUUACAGUAACGGCAGGGUAACAUGGACGCCUCCCGCUCUAUACUGCAGCUCCUGUGGAGUCAAGGUUACAUAUUUCCCGUUUGACUGGCAGAACUGCACCAUGCAGUUUCGCUCUUACACGUACGAUUCGACUGAGGUUGACCUGCAGUACGCGAGAGACUCGAAAGGCAAGGAGAUCAAGGAGAUCCAGUUGGAUGGAGGCUUUAGUGAGAGCAGCGAGUGGUACAUCAGACACAAGCCAAGCAGGAAGAUCACGAACGACGACACGUACGAGGAAAUGACUUUCUACCUGAUCAUAGAGAGAAAACCUCUCUACUACAUCAUCAACAUCAUCAUUCCCUGCAUCCUCAUCACAAUCAUCGCCAUUUUCAACUUCUACCUGCCUCCAGAUGCAGGAGAGAAGAUGGGUCUGUCCAUCAAUGUGCUGCUGACCCUGACUGUGUUCCUGCUGCUGCUGGCCGAUAAGAUCCCAGAGACCUCGCUGGGCGUCCCCAUCAUCGUCAACUACAUCAUGUUCACCAUGAUCUUGGUCACCUGCUCCGUCAUCCUGAGCGUGGUCGUCCUCAACCUGCACCACCGCUCGCCCAACACCCACAUGAUGCCCAUGUGGGUGCGCAAGAUCUUCAUCCACAUGCUGCCUCCUUACCUCUACAUGAUGCGUCCCAAAGUGGAGACGCCGCUUUCCCUCGAGAUGAUUCCCCGCAGGGAGAAGCAGAUGGUGAUGACCAUCAGCAAAGCCGCCGACGAGUAUUUCAUCCGCAAGCCGGACUUGUCCAUCCUGUUCCCCAAGCCCAACAGGUUCCAGCCAGAGGGGCUUUGCACCGAUUUGAAGAAGUUCAUUGACGGCCCGAGCUCCUACCUCACUCUGCCUGACGAGCUCAAGUCGGCCAUCGACGCCAUCACGUACAUCGCUGAGGCUCUGCAGGCUGAGAAAGACUACGAAGCGCUGAAAGAGGACUGGCAGUUCGUGGCCAUGGUGGUGGACCGCAUGUUCCUCUGGAUCUUCGUCGUCUUCACCACUGUGGGCACUCUGGCCAUUUUCGCAGACGCCAGUUUCAAUCACACACCCACAGAUCCCUUCAUAUUAGCCUGAAACGGUUUGGUGUUCCUUCAGGAAAACGGAGGAGAGCAUUCUCCCGCAAGCGUCAACAGGAAAAUAUAAGCACUGUUGGCCCGAACUUGGUAAUCCCUUGGUGUCGGUUAGUGCUUGGACUGUAACAACCAGUCUAAAUUUAGCAUAAUCCAUAAUACAUAUUGGUGAUUUAAAGCAUUUUAGCUGCAGAUAUGUCAACAUGCUGUUAACACAUAAACACCAUGAAAAAGCAGCUGCUGUAAUAAGCUGGCUAGUUGCCUUUGAGAGAGCGUGGCACAUGCCUGGGGGAUAUUUCUGCAGCCAAAGUAAUCCUAUUUGUGCUUUAGACACUGGUGUAUAGGCUAAUCUUGUGUCGGAGUCCAGAACAUCAGUGUCCCCCGUGUCUCACUUUGUCAGGGGACGCAAGGACGCCACGUGUCCUUUAUGGUACAUACAUAGCUGCAAACGUGCUUUUGUUUUUGUCAUUUCAAUAAAGAUCUGAGGGGAGGAUAUAUAUCAAAGG